AUGACCUUGGAAAUUUUUUUAGUCUACCAACAAGCUUCUGCAGCUGCUCGCAGACUUCUUAAUAAUAAGAAACGUCUUGGUUGGCAUAAGUUCUGUGAGAGCAUGUGCCCUGGUACCCCUUCGUCUGUUGUUUGGAGGCAGAUCAGAAGAUUCCGUUGUUCCCUCAAUUCUUAUGAUGUCCCUUUUAAUGAUCCGUCUAGCUGGAUUACCUCCUUUGCCGACAAAUUGGCUCCUCCAUCAGUCCCUUUUUAUGAUUGUCUUCCUUAUAAGUAUAAUUCUUACAUCCCCUCUUCAAACAGUCUAGAUUGUCAAUUCUCCUUAGAAGAACUUAACAAAGCAUUAAAUGGUCUCUCUGACUCUUCCCCUGGAGAAGAUGGAAUCCCUUACUCAUUCCUCAUAAAUUCUUCAUUAGGCACUAAGAGGUACUUUCUAGAUUUAGUAAACUGUUUUUUCGAUCAUGGAAUUAUUCCUGAAUCGUGGAACAGACAAAUCGUCAUUCCGCUUCUAAAACCUGGCAAAGAUCCAUCAGAUUUCUCUUCAUACAGACCUAUUGCUUUGUCUUCUACCCUUUUAAAAAUUAUGGAACAUUUGAUUAAAAUUCGUUUAGAAUGGUUUUGUGAAAGUAACAAUAUCUUUGCAAAAUCCCAGUUUGGUUUCAGGAAAGGCUUAAGUACGAUGGAUAGCCUAAGUAUAAUAACGACCGACAUUCGCAUUGCUUUUAAAAAGAAACAGUUCCUGGUGGGUGUUUUCUUGGAUAUCGCAUCUGCGUAUGACCACGUGCUGGUUCCAGUGCUCAGGCAAAAAAUGCUUCAGCUGAGUAUUCCUGAGAAGUUGAUCUAUUUGGAGGGGCCCCAAGGUUCUGUUUUGAGUCCUCUUCUGUACAACAUUUACACCUAUGACCUGGAGCUUGUUGUGAAUUCCUUCUGUCAGAUUCUUCAGUACGCGGACGAUGUAGCCUUAUACUUUUCAUCAAAUUCUAUUGAAGAGGCAUCAUCACGCCUAAAUUCGGCUUUGGAUUAUUUGGGUGAUUGGUUAAAUGAUCAUGGUCUCUCUAUUUCUGUGCCCAAAUGUUCGGCAGUCACGUUUACUACAAAAUACAAGGUUCCACGGUGUAACAUUUCAUAUAAAGGGUCCUUGGUAUCGUGUUGUAAGCAAGUAAAAUUUUUAGGCCUUAUUUUAGACUCAAAGUUAAACGGUGUUCCUCAUUUUAACCAUGUGAUUAAAAAAAGUGAGAAGGGUGUUAAUGUUCUCCGUUCAUUAUCUGGUGUGAGGUGGGGAGCACACCCCUACUCGCAAAAGCUUUUAUACAAUGCUGUGGUACGAAGUCAUUUUGAUUAUGGCACCUUCCUUUUAGAUCCUGGCAACAAGCAAGCCCUUGAUAAAAUUUCCAAAAUUCAAUCGAAAUCUUUACGCAUCAUCCUUGGUGCUAUGAAAUCCUCUCCCAUCAAUGCUCUCCAAAUAGAAUGUGUUGACCCCCCUGUAUUUACGUAG